AUGUCCGUAAGGUGCUGGGACCACAAGUUUUAUGUAAAUUAUGAAACUAGUGCUACAACUGGUGGAGCUACCGCUAUCACUACAAGUAGUUCAGCUGAAACAAUUAAAGAGAUUUCUUCAAAUAUUUUAGAAGAGCUCGAAUUGUUAGAUUUUGAAACGUCAUAUGAGUGGAUACACGGCAUCGUUUCACUAGAUACUAGCAGGCAAGCAAAG